CGUGCAAGUUGCUUUGAUCCGUGUUGAACUGUCAUUCUACAAAACUUUCAGCGUUCUUAUCCAAUUUGUCGCCAACAUAUCCUGUCCACUUAUACGUGAAUGGGUAAAAUAGCAUUGAUGAUCUCAAACUGAUGUACUCUUGAGGGCGAAUGCCGUAAAAAUCGCCUCAAGAUGGCAAGCAAUACAAGCUGGCGAAUGGACGACAUGGAUGGCGGUUUGGACGGUGGACUCGCUUCAGAAUUACUGAAUCUUACUGGUCUUGGCAACGAGUAUGGAGCGGAUGGUGCAUAUAACAUGAGUGAUGUCCUCAACUUGCCGAUUUUCAAGGAUGAGCCUCCCGGUGGUCCCCUAAACAUGGACACCAUUGGCUCUAUUUCUUCUGCAGUGACAGAAGUAAAUGCUGAGUUGAAUUCUUUAGACUCUGCCCUCCAAACAAAGCAGGAAACUCCCAUGGCUUGUGGCAUGUCACCUUCAACGCAGUCAUCACCAAUGUCAUCUGCUGGAGGUUUAGAGGGUAAAAGUCUGAGUUAUGGAUUUAUUUACAUUCUGAAAGCACCAACUUCUCCUACAAAGCGUCUUGAAGAGGACUCCUUAACUUACCUUAAUCAAGGGCAGGCGUAUUUGAUGGAAAUGAUGUACCUCCCAGUGGAGGCUGCGAAAUUUGAGGGCAAACAUUUAAAAAGUGUGAUGAAGCUGUGCUUUUAUGAGAGGAAACUUCAAGUCCAAGAAUCUGAAAAAUAUGAAGAGUGGAAAAACAACAGGCCGGCUGACAGAAUAUUGGAAAUAGAUGUUCCCAUGUCAAGUGGUGUUUCGAACAUCAGAAGUAAAGGAAACUUGCUCAAUUGUUAUGAAUUUGAGUGGGAUCCAAGCAAAGGGGCUGAAGUUUAUGUAAUUAUCAACUGUGUCAGCUCAGAGUUUACCAAGGGAAAGAGUGGUGGAGAAAGUGGUGUCCCAUUCAGAUUACAAGUAGACUCGUUCUCUCCCAAUUCAUUGACUGACGCUCUUCCCAUCCACAGUGCGGGUUGCCAAGUCAAGGUGUUCAAAUCCAAAGGUGCUGAUAGAAAGCUGAAAGUUGAAAUGCAGAAACUGGAACUUAAAAAUAAGGAAGAUUUGGAUCAGUUGAGACCCAUAAGUGCUUUCACAGAACUAACAGAACUUCCACUGAUUAUAGAGGAGGACAACAAUUCUUGCUGGAUGUCUCCAGGGUCAGUUGCUGGCUCCAUGUCUUCUCCAUCUCCAGCAGGCCAGGUCAUGGCAACAACCCUGUCGUCACCCUCAUCAGUAAUGUCUUCACCACCUCCAGCCCUACAGAUGUCACCAUCUAGUAGUGGGCUGUCCAAUUCACCCUCCACAACAUGUGGAAUGGGAUUGACAUCAGAGUCUUCUGUCGAUGAAACUAGACUCUGGUUACAAAAUAACAGAUUUCAAAACUACCUAAACUUGUUUGCCAACUACACAGGUGGUGAUCUUCUUAGAUUAACCAAACAAGACAUGGUCCAAAUCAUGGGGCCUGCUGAUGGUAUACGCUUGUAUAACUCGCUUCAAGCAAGGGCUGCUCGUCCACUUCUAACAAUGUACAUUUGCCUGGAAUCAGCCCAACAGAACUCGGGGAUGAAAGAAUACUAUGCUAUGUUUCUGGAAGUUCUUAGUCUCAGUGAAUUAAGAAAGAAACUUGCGUUAAAAUGUAACCUAAAUGCUGAGCAGAUUGUUGCUUUAUACAGACAAGGGCCAACAGGAAUUUAUGUAUUAAUUGACGAUGAGAUGGUCAGGAAUUUUGUGGAUGAAGGACAUUUUAUUGUACAACUAGUCAGAGAUGAUGAUAAUACAUAUCAACUUGUUUUAAAAUAAAACCAGGAAAUUACCAGAACAAGGCCAUGAAUUCAUAGUAAGAUACUCACAAUGUGGAUGUGAGUGAUUAUCAGGCAAAUUGCAGGGGUCCUCACUUGAAGGAAUAUUUGAACAGAGUUGUCUUCCUGGAAAAGGAGUUGUUGAGGUUGUAUGAGGUGGAGAGAGAGAGAAAGAGACAAGUCAGGAUCAAAACAUCAUUUUGCUGGCAUGCUGAACCUUUGCUGGAAUUAUGGUGAAGCCAUUGACAGAAUGGUCAAAAAUGGUUUAAAGUGUUGUUUCAGCUGUAGGAGUUUUGUUAUGUAGAUUUCUGGUGGAUAUUGUGUGAACAAUCGACAGACUUAAUUGAUGGAGGGAUGUCACAAGCAAGACAAGGGAAAUAGAAAUCGCUGAGCAGUUGCUGGCAUGUAUGAACACAGUUUUAAAGAAAAAGAAAAUAAUUAUUUAAACUUUCAUGAUCACUGGUUUAAGAAAGUGGAGAGCAAUUUGUAAUACACAAGAAGAGAUUUUGUUGGCAGAAACAGUUAUAACUCUUCCUUUCUGUGUGACCAGUGCGCAGGAUGCCCUCACCAAUCUUUCUUGCAGUGUUUGGUUCAAACAUAAUUUUCCUUAAAAAAGUAUCAUAUCUCAAAAUAUCCCUCCGGCCUAGGAAUUGAGUAUUCAAGUAUUCCUGCUUGUAACAAUGAUUAGUACGAAAUUGCUGCAGAUUCCCAGAACAAGAAUAAUUGUAAUAGUUUGUCCAACCAGAAAGACUAGCUGGAAAAAAAACUGCCCAAAUUGUUAUGCCACUUUAAAGCAGCUUAGAAAAAAAAAUUUAAUUACUCAAAACUUAUUGAAAUUAUUAUACCUUGUAAUAUUGAUACUCGAGCUAAAAGCUAAGGAUCUGGUUUUGUUGGUUUUAUGGUUUAAGUUACAUUGCCUUUGAGGCAUUUUACACAUCAGCAUUCACCUUUCAAGCACUAUGGAUUUUUUAUUUUUGUAAUGCAAAGAAUCAAAUGAAAGUUAGGCAAUUUUUCCACA